AUGGUCGAGGGAGCCAUUCCGAAGAGAGCCUCGGGCGACAUGGGCAAAUGCCGCCAAGUAUGCAACAAUGCGCUGGCACGACGGACGGCCAUGACACUCCAGCAGUCAGGGCCCGUCAAAUUGACGUCUCCCGCGCCCGACGCGUCCACCCUGCACCAACUCACGCAGCCCAUCUCUGACGAUACCCACGAUAACGACCCUCCCGCAUACGUACCAUACACGACAUCGUUACAGCAACGCCAGCAGCAGGCUGCCGAGUUCUUCAGGCAACAGCACAAUUAUUCACGAGCUUCGAGCUCUGAAGGCAGCGCCGCGCAUAGUCUUCGUCGAACGCCAAACAUCGAAGACGUACGCCAACGGUUCCGCUCUCCGAGCCCAAUUGACCCGCCGCCGCAACCGAACCAGCGCACCGUACGCUUUGCCGCCGAAUAUCCGCACCUAAGUCCUGGUCCAGUCGAAGGCCUUCGCGCGCGAGACUCUGGUCCUCAAUUUGAGUUCGAGCCGCAUCCAGCGCUAAGAAUUUCUCAGCGGACUGCGUCUGCGAUCCGCUUCGUGCUCGAAGAAGCCAUCCGUGGACCGUACCCAUUCACUCCAGACCUUGCUGAGGAGAACGCGUCUAUGUCAGAUUUGACAGCCGGAGGUAAUGGCCGCGCUGCCAAUGGCGGCGCGCGCACAGGAGGCCCUGUUCCUGUCACCCAGGCAGACCGUCCCAAUAUCUUGACGCCACAGAUGAUCAUGAACAACCGUCGUCAGCGGGAAGCGCGGCGAGAGGCUGAGGAGGAACGAAAGGCACAGGAAGAGCGUAGGAGAAGCGCAGAACGGAGAGCUCAAGCUGCUGGCGUUGCAGGCGCCCCCGUAAAUCCCGAUGCGGGGAUGCAAAGACAACCCCAACCACAACAAACGUACGAUAGCGGUUAUGGCUCGUACGGUCCACAAGGCGCGAGUUCGAGGCAGCCUAUACCUCCAGCAGCGGCCACACUGCCACCAUCAGGUCGCAUACAGGAUACAGCAUCCGGCGCGCAGUCUAGCAGGCCGCGCGCAAACUCUCAAUCACAGCAACAGCCUCGUCCUGUUCAGCAACCCUCGUCUACCGCGCAACCUUCGUCAUCCAGACGACCACCACCCGUCCAGCAUUCUAGAAAUCCUUCUGCUCCCGUCACAUCAGCGCCUAUUGGUUCUUCCGCCCCUCCACCAGCUCCGCCUUUACCAGGCGCUUCUUCAUCCUCUCAGCAGCGCCAAUCUACGACUUCGAAUUUUCCACAUGCUUUUGAACGGUGGGAAACGCUUUCAUCUCAUUGGGAAGGUCUUACAUCGUAUUGGAUACGGAAAUUGGAGUCAAAUACAGACGAAAUGCGUAACCAGCCCCUGGUUCAGCAACUGUCUCGCCAAAUCACAGAUCUGUCAGCUGCAGGUGCAAAUCUAUUCCAUGCGGUCGUUGAGUUACAGCGACUUCGGGCAUCAUCAGAGCGCAAGUUUCAGCGAUGGUUCUAUGACCAUCGCCAGGAGCAAGAGCGGGCGCAGGAACGUGAAGCCCAGCUUGAGACAACGAUAAGAGAGGAACGUGCUGCGCGCAAUCAGGCUGUGGCUGACAUGGAGCGCCUGGCUACCGAGAAGAGGAAUGCGGAACGAUCUGUGCAAGAGAUGAAGCGCGAAUUGCAAAUAUCUAAAGAAGAAGCAAGAAGAGCGUGGGAAGAACUCGGACGACGCGAGCAGGAGGAACGUGAUCGUGUCUUCUCGUUGCGGGACGGCCAGCCUACUAUGAUAGGCGGCGUUCAGGUGCUUCCGACAGCUCAGGCGAUGGGCAGGCACGGCAGCGUCCGUUCGCACGGAGACGAUACGUAUGCUGGAAGCUCAAGCGGUCAGGGUAUUGAGCAGCAUUAUACGUAUGAAGAAGCGCAAUCGCCGACGGAUACUGACCCAUUCACGGAAGGACGUCACCAUGAGCCUGAGGCUAAACCGGUCGCUCAGGGCACCUACGUUCCCUCGGGUGCUGGUCCUUCGUCCCUGUAUCAGCCAGGGUAUUCCCAGGCAGCCGAACAGCCCCAGGUCCCCGCCCCUGCUCAUACUCAACAGGCAUCUGGUGGGCACCAAGGACCGAGCGGCGCACACCAAUACCCCAAGGAACCUCUAACAUCCCAGCCGGAAGCCUUCUACCAACAGCCAGAAGCCUACCUCCACCGGGACAUAGCCGCCGGAGAUCCAGAAGACGAGCGCUCAGCCAUAACCUCGCAUGCCGAGGAGGAAACCUCAGAAGGCGAAGACGAAUAUGCCAUAGACGAGAACGGUAACUACAUCCUCGAUGCCGCCGGGCACCGCGUUCCCUUCCGCGCGCUCCGCCGACAAGACUCAGAUGAAUACGACGUGCAAGAAGACCGGCGGCGCGAGAUCGAGCACCUGCAGCGCUAUGGCAGUGCGGCGAUAGAUCCCAGCAGGUACGCUACCACCUCGUCGGCGGGAUCGGAGCACCAUGGUGGGUUCCCCACGAGCAGCGCACCGGAUUAUAGCGGCUCCGGAUACGGGAGCGAGUGGACGGGCAUCAGGCACCAUCAUCCCACGAGGCUGAGCGAUGUCAUGGAAGAAGAUGAGAGGAGUAGAACGAGCCCGAGUAGAGCGAGCCAGGCAAGCCGCGGGUGGGCUUGA